AGGCACAGUAAAACUGCUGCGUCAUUGAAAGGACAUUGGAUAUAACAAAAAGCUGCUUCGCAUGUGAACCAGCCCACACAGAUUGAGCAUCAUCACUGUCGCUUGUGACUCCUCCAUAAUUUGUUCAUCGAUCAGGAUGAGCUCCGUCUCCCUCUUCCAGGAGGGGCUGCACAGCUGGAUGACAGCUGGCCCACUACAGCCGGUGAUACUGUUGCUAAGUCAUCAGCGGGAUUUUCAUGGAGUAUUCACUGAAAUUGAAGAUCUUGGCAUUAGCAGUUGUUGUAUUUAUGAUCUUAAAGUUCUUGAUGCCUGGCCAUUAUAUCCAGCUAAAACCGUAUCGCUCUGUGUGCACAAGAACUUUUGCUGAACAACUUAUAGUAGUUGUUAAGGACACAAAACAUCUCAUAAUCUCUGCCUAUAAAGACCAUCGGACCCAUGGAGAUGUUCGCGUCAUUAGCAUCACCAAAAGAGCCGAUCUCGGAUUGCUUUCUUGUGUUAUGUGUUGCCCACAGGAAGGCUUCAUUGUUACAAAAGCAGUGGUAAAUAUGCACAGUGAUCAUUUUGGAUUUCCUUUUGUCACAACAGACUUGCUGUGUAAAACUGAAGCAAGUUGUGAUGCUAUAUCCAUCACUACUGCUAAUACUCCAAACCUCUCAGACAUCUUCACUAUGCCCUUUAUACCCAUACAAAACCAAAAAAAGGUGGAACACAUCUUCCCGUACAAUUUCACAGUUUGCAUAUCAAACCUCUUUGGGGACUAUAAUAACGUGCUGCAGUUUGUCCAGACCAUAGAAGUAUACAAGAUCCUAGGCAUACAGAAGGUGUACAUCUAUAACACCAGCUGUGGGCCAGACCUUGAGAAGGUCCUCCACUAUUACAAGGAGGAGGGGACACUAGAAAUUGAGCCAUGGCCCAUUGACAAGUUCCUCAACCCUUCAAGAGGAUGGAACUUUAAUGAGCAUAAAGGUGACCUCCAUUACUUCGGGCAGUUAACGACUCUAAAUGACUGCAUCUACAGAAACAUGUACAAGUCCAAAUAUGUCCUCCUCAAUGAUAUUGAUGAAAUCAUUGUUCCAUACGAACAUGCCACACUGGGACUACUUAUGGAAGACCUCCAACGACAGCAUCCCUCUGUGUCUGUCUUCCUUGUCGAGAAUCACAUCUUCCCAAAAACAGUUUUUGACAGCGACGAUAGAUUCAGCUUGCCACAAUGGAAAAAAGUGCCAGGAGUCAACAUCUUGGAGCACAUUUACAGAGAACCUGACAGGAAAAACAUUAUCAAUCCUACAAAGAUGAUCGUCAACCCCAGGGACAUCAUACAGACAUCUGUGCAUUCAGUCCUGAAGAAUUAUGGAGACACGUUAAGAGUUCCUUUUGACGUCUGUAGGAUUGUGCAUGUUAGAGUUCCUCUACAAAACAACCUCAAAAAAGAACAACUGAUUGUAGACACAAAACUGUGGGAAUACGAGAAGGAGCUUCUCCCAAAUGUUAAUCAUGUGCUGCAGAAAUCGGGUAUUUACACUUGAGAAUACACGCGUGUUGACUGAAACUGCUU